CUCGCCUUGUUCCCUUAUCGCACCAUUUUACACGGAGGCCCCUCGGCCCGCUUCGUAUUUACAUACCUGCCACCCGCCCUUCCCCCUCCCCGCCGCCGCCGCCGCCGGGGGAUGGGAGGAGCGCACUUCCCCGGCGACGAGGACGUCGCCCGCGACGUGGCCGGCGACGGGGACGUCGGUCGCCGCGACGUGGGCAGGAUGGAGCACGGGUGCGAGCAUUACCGGCGGAGGUGCAAGAUCGUGGCGCCGUGCUGCAGCCAGGUGUUCCCCUGCCGCCAUUGCCACAACGAGGCCACGGCUUCGGGAGAUCGGCAUACAAUAUGUCGCCAGGAUGUUGAAAAAGUAGUAUGUCUACUCUGUGAUACUGAACAGCCGGUGGCACAAGUGUGUGUAAGCUGUGGAGUCAAUAUGGGCGAGUACUUCUGUGAUAUAUGCAAGUUUUAUGACGAUGAUACAGAGAAAGGGCAGUACCAUUGCUAUGAUUGUGGCAUAUGCAGGGUUGGUGGCAAGGAUAACUUCUUCCACUGUGUCAAGUGUGGGUCUUGCUAUUCUGUUUUACUGCAAGAUAACCAUCAGUGUGUGGAGAACUCAAUGAGACAGAACUGCCCAAUCUGUUAUGAGUAUUUAUUUGAUUCGUUACAAGGAACAAGAGUUCUUAACUGUGGACACACGAUGCACAUGGAAUGUUUUUCUGAUAUGGUGCAGCAUAACAAAUACACUUGUCCAAUAUGCUCUAAGACAGCUGUUAACAUGACCCGUCACUGGGAAGCGUUGGAUCAAGAGAUUGAAGCAACAAUCAUGCCUCCUGUAUAUCGUUACAAGAUUUGGGUGCUUUGCAAUGACUGCAACAAAGUCUCGGAAGUGAACUUUCACGUGAUUGGGCACAAGUGCAGCCACUGCAACUCGUACAAUACUCGAUCUACAUCGCGGCCUGCAGAUUCAUCAGGAAGCAGUUCACCGACAACAGACUCUUCCGACAACAUGUAGAGAAUUCUUCGUGUCGGUGUACACCUGGUCUUCAAAACCAAUGCCAGAACCAUACAGUAGAAGAAGGAAUAUUCUUUUGCGGCGUGCCUUUCAACUGUUGACUCCUAGACAUCAAGCAUAAUCAUUUUGUGAGGAUUCAAUUCAUUCCUUGAAUCUUUGUAUGUUGGAACUUUCAGCUACCGCAUUACUGCCGCUAUCUAGACGAACAUCAUUGCCGUCUCUCGAGUCUUGAUUGCAGCUGUGACUGUAGCACAUGUUGUUGAGGAUUUGAAUCUCGAUACUGUAAUCCAUGGAAGAACAUGGGUAUACCUGACUGUUGGUUGGCGUGUGCUUGUGCUCAACUGUUUCUGACUUGCCUUCCAGUCCAGUGAGGCCAGAAUGAUGUUUCUGCUUUUUA